UAUUUGAUCGCUAAGCCCGCGGUCACACUGGCCUACAUUGCUGUUUUGAAUUUUUAUUUUGCUUAAAGCCCAUUUUAGCCAAGUUAAUUGAAGCGCACAAAACCAACAGAAGCACAACCAUGUCCACACUAACACGCUGUGCAUUUAUAUUGCUCUCGCUGGCCGUGUGCGGCAGCUGGGCCAUACGCUGCUACCAGUGCUCCUCGGACCAGGAACGCAAGGGUCACGACAGCUGUGGCGCGUACAAAAGGUUUAAUCACACCGAGCACAUUGCCAUCGAAUGCAACAGCGACGAGAGCCACAUGCCCGGCUCCUUCUGCAUGAAGGUGGUGCAGCAGGGACCCAGAGGAUUCAUCUGGGACGGCCGCUGGCGUCAGGUGAUACGUCGCUGUGCCUCUGUCUCGGACACGGGCGUCACGGGCGUCUGCAAUUGGGGCGUCUACGAGAACGGCGUAUACUGGGAGGAGUGCUAUUGCUCCAACGACAGCUGCAAUGCCGCCAGCCUGCUGCAAGUGCACGCAUCGCUGCAGCUUUUGCUGGGCUUCCUGUUGAUGGGCGCCGCUGCAAGGAUUGUGCGCAGCUAAGAAGACGAUACCCUACCCUGACACAAGAGACAGCAACCAGAAGUGCCUUUGCCAUCUGCUCUCUUUUAAUUAGUUGUUAAGCCAAGGAUAACUUUUUUAUUCCGUCCACUUUUGCAUGUCCAUUUAGCCUUAAGCUAGCUAAACACCAGCCUACAAAUCGAAAUAUAUACCAUAGAGACCA